AUGGCGAGGCCGUCGCGCCAAAACCCGACCCAUGCCUCCGUCACAUCCCUGCGCGGCUUCGGGGGACGCUCGCCGCGCCGCUGCCGCUGCCGCCUUCGCACGCGUCUGCAGCUUUACGGCGAGUGGCGGCGGCGCUCCUCCUCGCGGCCGCAGUGGCGCUGCCCUGCGCCGUGCUUUACCGCGCCGCCGUGGAGAGACAGCGAAGAUCUCAGACUAGAACUGGUUCUGCAGGAGGCUUCCAUGGACAAUAAGACCAUAAUACUGACGACCCUCAAUGCUGCAUGGGCUUCGCCAGGCUCAGUGAUAGAUCUUUUCAUUGAUAGUUUUCGGCGUGGUGUUGGUACUAGUUCGCUCUUGAGGCAUCUUGUGAUAGUAGCAUUUGAUUUGAAGGCGUAUGAACAAUGUGUCAAGAUCCACCCCUACUGCUUUGCUCUUCCAACCAAGGAUGUGGAUUUUUCUCAAGAGAAGAGGUUUCAGACAACUGGGUAUCUGGAAAUGAUGUGGAAAAGGCUGGAUUUCUUGCGGCUAGUGCUUGAAAAAGGUUACAGCUUUGUUUUCUCGGAUGCUGAUAUCAUGUGGUUCCGCAAUCCAUUUCCCCUGUUUUAUAGUGAUGGAGACUUUCAGAUUGCAUGUGAUCACUACGUAGGGAAUGCGACUGACUUGAGGAACAUAGCCAAUGGAGGAUUCAACUAUGUGAAGUCAAACGAUCAAAGCAUAGAGUUUUACAAGUUUUGGUAUUCUUCCCGAUUUAGAUAUCCUGGGUACCAUGAUCAGGAUGUAUUUAAUUUUAUAAAGCAUGAUCCUUACACCACAGACAUUGGUCUGACAAUUAAGUUCUUAAGUACUACGUACUUCGGCGGCAUUUGUGAGCCAAGCAGAGAUUUAAACAAGGUUUGCACCAUGCAUGCGAACUGUUGUAUUGGACUGCAGAGCAAGAUCCAUGACCUAAGAAUCAUGAUGGAAGACUGGAGUAGCUAUAUGUCGAUGCCACCAAGCUUAAAACAAUUCAGGCCAUUGUCAUGGAGGGUACCGCAAAAUUGCAGGUCUUCGAUGAUAUCAACAUUGAUGUACAAAACGUACUCCCUCGCUCUUUUGAACCCCCUGUGCCUCUUGUGUGAGGGAACUUCAAUAUCAAAUUGUCCACCCUCGGAUGGCUCAGUAUCUGUAGAUACACUUGAGAGGGAUUUUGUUUGGGUUCUUCACUUAAGCGCCCACUUUGAAUACAACAAAGGACCAACAACUCCUAGUAAUGUCAUCGACACAGUGGACAACAGGCAGGGUCAGGAAGACCCCAACAGGAAGACUCCUGGUUCUGGUGGCUAG